AUGGCGUGGGGUCUCGCGGAUACGACGCCAACGCUGGCGCCUGCUGCAACUGCUACCGUUGCCUCGACGACUGACGCGUCUGGCUUGUCUGCCCCUGCGCGAGCGCUUGCACCGGUGCUCGAGUCCUUCGAAGCCAUUGACAUCUUUGAGGGUGUGAACCCUGUCACGAGGGUGGCGCUGGAGGGAGUUGCGCUGCUGCAGAUCAUCAAGCACUGCCACGGAAGCCCGCCAGGUGGUGUGGCUGGAUCGCUACUGGGCAUGGACAAUGAGCAGGUGCUGGAAGUGACCAACAGCUUUCCGUCGCUGCCUAGCAGCGAGCGCAAAAAGGGCACGAACGAGUACGAGCUGGACAUGAUGAAGAGUCUUCGCGAGGUGGGCAUGGACAACAACAAGGUGGGUUGGUACCAGUCGGUGGCCAUGGGCACCUUUUGCACGGCGUCGUUUAUCGAGCACCAGUACCAGUACCAGAAGUCGCUGGGUCCGAACGCCAUCUGUCUCAUUUACGACUCUGCCGAGACGUCGAAAGGCUCGCUUAGUCUCCACGCCGUGCGCCUUACUAAGGCGUUUGUGGACACUUACAAGAGUGGCGCUUUUACCAAGGAGAGCUUUGCAAAGACAGACAUCCGCUCAGCUACGAUAGUCGAGGAGAUUCCCAUCGAGAUUCGCAACGCAGACAUUAUCACGUGCUGGCUGGAACAGACCAAAGACAGCGUGUCGGGCAGUAGCUUUGAGCGUCUCGAUUUGGCGACUAACGCCUAUCUGGAGAACAGUCUGAAGAACAUGACGCUUUGGGCCGACGAGCUCGCGCAGGAACAUUACAAAUUCCAAGGAUUUGAGCGGGCAUUGUCGAAGCAGCGCGCCGCCUAUCAGCAGUGGCAGAACAGGCAGCGGGAGGAGAACAAGAUUCGUCGGGAAAACGGUGAGAAGCUUGUGCCUGAGGAAGACCCCAACUUUUUUAAGUCGGUGAACCAGCCCUCGCGUCUCGAGUCGCUCCUUAUCACGAAGCAGAUGAACACGUACUGUGAGCACAUUAACCGCUACGCGGGGAAGUCCUUUCAGAAGCUUUUCUUGGCUGCUAAGAUUCACCAGAAUGAGUGA